AUGGCGCCAACCCGCCCCAACAAGAAGUCAAAAAAGAGAACGCAAAAGAAGCCCGCCAACGCGGCACACAAGCUCGUCGAAGCCGCCACAAAACUGACAGAAGGCGACUUGGAGAGCGCCUACGCGGCUGGCAAGGAGGCCCUCGAUGUAACGGGCGAAGGCGGCGAUUAUGAGUUGGCGGCGUUGAACCUCCUGGGCCAAAUCAGCGUCGAGAUAGGCGAGGUGGACGAGGCGAGGGCGUACUUUUUGCGCGCUGUCGAGCUGGACCCGGAGGGCGCCCUCGACGAGCGCAUAGGCGGCGGGCCGGAAAAGUUUCUCUGGCUCGCGCAGCUCAGCGAGGAGGGAGGGCAGGACAGCGUCAACUGGUUCGACAAGGGCGCGCAGUCGCUGCGGGGCCAGAUCCAGGCGCUCGUGGACCUCGACAAGCGCAGCGCCGAGCAGGAGUCUGCGCUGGACGAGAAGAAGCAGAAGCUCGGCGGGACGCUGUGCGCCGUGGCGGAGGUGUACAUGACGGACUUGUCGUGGGAGGUGGACGCGGAGCAGAGGUGCGAGGCGCUCGUCACCGAGGCCGGCUUGGUCGCGCCCGACUCGGCGGAGACGUGGCAGACGGUGGCCAACGUGCGGAUAUCGCAGGAGAAGAUUGACGAGGCGAAAGCGGCGCUGGCGAGGAGUCUGGAGCUGUGGGUCGACUUGCCGCCGCUGGAUCCCAAUGUGCCGGCGUUCCCUACGCGCAUCAGCCUGGUGCGGCUGCUGCUCGAGGUGGAGAUGGAGCAGGAAGCGAUUGAGGUGCUGGAGAGGCUCGUCGGCGACGAUGAUGAGAGCGUUGAGGCGUGGUAUCUCGGCGGGUGGGCUCUGUUCAUUGCCGGCGACAAGGUCAAGGCCAAGGGCGAGGCGGCGCAGCUGAGCGAGGACGAGGAGGAUUGGAAGGUUACGUGGGAUACGGCACGGCGGUGGUUGAUGCGCUGCUUGAAGCUGUACGAGGCGCAGGAGUACGAGGACGAGAGGCUGGGCGAGCACGCCAAGGAGCUGUUUGCUUCUAUCAACAAGGAGCUUGGCGAGCCCCCGGCCGGCGCAGAGGAUGAGGAGUAUGAUGAUGGAUGGGAGGAUGCUGGUAGUGAUGGUGAUGAGGCGAUGGAAGAGUAA